AUGGGUGCCAUUCGAAAGUCUUCCAUGUAUCCCUCUCGACGGCCGGACUUUCGAAAACAACUACAACGUGCGCUGAGUCUAUCCUCAUUUGAGAGCGAAGAAACUCACAGCGCCUCUGAGAUAUCCAUCGGUGACACCACCGAGGAUCAGCAUUCGACGCUGUCGAAGAGUGUUGAAUUUAGCGUGCACAGCGACAGUGUGGGCCAUACCUACGAAAAACCAACUGGUCCUGAAUUGUCGUCGGUUGCCCAGAUGGCAGAAAACAUUGAACCAGGGACAGACUUGCCAAAAGAUCGUGACAUGAUAGCCCUAGAAUGUGUCGCAGAGAAUGUGGAAGAUUCGAUGCACAGCCAAGAAAAUGUCAAUGAGGUGGUCCGCAACGAUUUGGCCGACAUUCUCGGUCGACUGGAAAUCAUGGAAGAGAAAAUUGACGUGGCCUCGCAGGCUGGAUCCGGGUCCCGCGGGAGAGUCGGCAAACCGAGCAAAGACGGGCUUUGA